CCCCGUCCAUAGGAACUGUGAUAAAAGUGUAAUUUCCACUCUCUGAGGCGAGGAGAGAAAGCAAGGAGUGAAGGGAAGAGAAGACAUGGCCUUCGCUAUUGAUGAUAAAAACACUUCACUAGUCCUUAGGAUAAGACUAGCUGAGGUGGGAGACAGCAAUCAGAGCACUCCUUCAUCUCCAGAUGAAAGAGAACUUAAAGUUCUCAGAAGGACUCGUGUGUCUCAUUUGCUUAAGACUCUUUCACCAGCAUUUGGUGGCCUGGUAGUUGAAAAAGAUUUUGAUGCAUAUUUGUUGCGUCCUGACAUGGACAUUCAAUUAGACUCUGCUUGUCGUCUCUCUGAUUAUCAGUGCAAGAAUCAGGAUGUUAUUGAGCUAAGGAGAAAGGAUCAUCCCAUCACACUGGCUGUGAACAUAUAUUCUGAUGAAGUCAGACAAUAUGAAGUUAAUGCUUCACAUCCUGUUUAUGAGAUAGUCAAAAUCAUUGGAAAGGAACUUGGUCUUGAAAAUACUAAAGAACUUUCAUUGGCUUUGCCUUCAGCAUCUGAAAAGGCUGGAAUCAGCAUUUCUUCCUUGAAUUGGUUGGACGUGACAAGAUCUUUGAAUUCACAAGGAGUGGAAGAUGGAGAUAUGGUAUUGCUCAGGAAGAAGUUUUUUAUAUUUAAUGAAGAUGUCAGAGAAGCAGAAAAGAACGAUUUGUUAAGAAGAAUGAUAUACAAUCAACUUCAAACAGAAUUGGCUCAUGCUAAGACUGAAAGGAAGAAAAAGGUGUCUGAUGCUGCCAGUUUCACUAAUUCCAGCUCCAGCAGUGAUCCUGAAUCAACAAGUGAUACAGAGGGAGCAGUUCAUAGUCCAGACUUACUCUCAAGUGUCAUUCAGGCAUUUGAGAGCUCUGAAAGAAGUGCUGAAUACAGUGGCAGUGAUUUCAGUCUUUCUGGCUCUCCAAAUAAGAAGAGCAGUAACUCUACUGGCACUAAAGAUAGCACAAGAAGAGAGAGAAGCAGUAGUCUAUCAGCUGAUGACACAACUCAGAAAUCACUACAGAAAACGCUAUCAAGGCAUCAGCAUCAUGUAUCAGCUAAUUUCCCAGUGACACUGCCUAGUGAUAAUGAGUCAGUAUAUCUGUGUUUCCAGUCCAGCAAUAUGUAUCUCUCCACUGUACCUCAAGUCUCUGAUGGAGGGCCUACUAUGUUAAAGAAAUGGUCCAUCAAUAGUUUGAUAAACUGGGAAAGGAUUGACAGUGGAAUGAAACUGAUGUUUAGUGAUGAGUGGCAUAUGAUAUUUUCUGAUGAGCUUCCACAAAUAUCUCACUAUCUAUCGCACAUGAAGUCAAUUGUCUCCGGAAAAGACGCUGAAAGUGAAGCUAAGAUUGUUCAUGCACAGAUUGACACUGAAGACUUACUUAACAGCACUUCAUCAACUCCAGGCUCUAGCCCAAUGAAAAAGAAGACUCCUUCUGUGACAUUGUCUUUGGUAUCCAUUCACAGCUCAGUCCACUCUGCUGAUUCUGGAGAAGAUGAAGGGCUGGAGGAUGCUGGUAUUGGUGGUGAAGAAGGUGCUACUGGCAUUAGCUAUUCUCCUGCUCAUGAGAUUGAAGUCUUCUCUCCUUCACACAAACCAACCAAGCGAAAAACAAGUAUCAGUCCGCCAUCUUAUUUUGGAAAGGGAUUCAAGGACCUAGUUGAGAAUUACGUGCUGAUUCAUGUCAAUGUUCUUGAUCAAGAAAUCCGUCAGAUUCUAGUUAAUGUUAAUGAUCCAGUGAGACACACAAUACGGGAAAUAUGUGCCACUUUUGAUAUACAGUAUCCUGAGGAACAUUACCUUCGUGUCCCUAGGACGGUAGAAGAGACAAUUAAGAGCUAUGGAGGGAAACCGAAAGUUAGCUCUCGUGGGUUUUUCAGUAAACGUCAGGAUGCUGUGAAGCAACCAAAUAUUGUUCUGAAUGAUGAUGUCCCUUUGGUGGAUCAAAUUGACUGGAACAUGAGACCAUAUGUAUUUGUGCUGAAACGUAUUGGUAAAGACGAGGUUGAUGCAGCUGAGAAAUAUUCGCUUGAGAUCGGAGAGGAAUGGCCUGAUGGAGAAGAUAGUGACGUCGCCAGAUACAGAAUGUUCUACCAGAGUUGGAUUGGGUUUAUACAAGGUGAUUAUCCCAUCAUUAAAAGCGUUGCAAUCAGGCUGGCUGGACUUCUUGCCUACAUUUAUCACGGGAGCAAAUCCUCUUCUCCAUUUUGGCCACCAUACGACUACGACAUCAAAGCUUUUCUUCCUGAAAAGUAUCACGACUCAUUUGGAAUUGAGUCUGACGUGUUGAAGGCUCAUCAACAGAAUGAAGGACUUGACCAGAACACGGCCAUUGAUACUGUUAUUGAACUAUGCAGGAACCUGCCCUCUUCAAAUGGUCUUUAUUUUGAAAUCAAAGUUCCUGCCUCUGGCACACUAAGGAAGAAAAUGGAGCGUAGAAUGUUCGGACUAAGACGCGAUGGACUGAUCUGCUUUGGCAAAGGAUUGAAGACAGUUUGUUGGAAUCAGCAAUAUUCUGACAUCAGUGACUGGGCCAUAUCUAACUCCAGCUUUCAUUUGAAAUUUGGUAAUAAAGGUGUAGGCGAUUUGUAUGGGUUUUCUUAUCAAGCAAGACAGAUAAUGGAGCUAAUGCAGACUUAUGCUAAAAUGCAUUACAAAACAGCGAAGGAGAAGAAGGGUCCUUCAAUUUCUGAUGUAUAAAGCAAAAUAAUUUCUACUCAAAAAUAAAUCUUCACAAAACUUUCAGUUCUAUGUGUGAGUGUGUGCAUCAUGUAAAAAAAUUGUACUUGAUAUAAAAGACAAAUUUUCUAUCAUUAAAUAAAAUUAUAAGUUUCCUAAAAAUGUAAGGACUAAUGUAAAAUUUUGUUGUUUUUUUUUGUUCUUUUCUUUUGUGUUUUGUGUACCUUUUAUUUCAUGAGAUUUUAAGGAAAAACCCUAA